AUGUCUGGCAGGCCAAUUAGUCCUGGGCAAGGUCCCAACGUGAACGGGACGGCUCAGUCCCCGGACAGGGCUGGACUGUUGCCUUUCCCCACUGGGGUUCUGCAGGAUAUGGGAGGGCAAUUUUACAAGUCCGGUUACAACGGCAUUUCGGCCCAGUAUCUGUUUCCUUUCCCACCUCUGAAGAGUGAAUACGGGCACUGUGAGGCGACAGCGUCGGGGGAACAGGCGGCAAUGUCGCACUCCAGCUAUUGGUACCAGUUACCUCCAGCCGAGGCGUCCGGAGCCGGACACUGGCCGCAGAGGCAGCACCCCACGCCAGCGCCGCUGGCUGGUACCUCGGCCCUCCUCAACCGGUCCGAGAUCAAGACGGAGAAGGAGAGCGCUAUCUUCCCCCAAGAGGCGAGGUACAACUCUCCGAAUCCUUCCUAUGGCCACAGGUGGAGCGGCGCCGGCUUCUGGCAGCCUGUCGCCGCCUCCAACUCGUCCCCGGCCGGGGGUUCCGGACAGUCUUACCCCGGUUUCGGAAGCUUCGCGUCGCCUCCGCAGAUGUACACAAGCCCCACGCUACAGGGGGAUACCGGCCAGCCCGCAUCUUCAAACACAGGGUCCACCGGCACCACCAGCGAGGAAGGACAGUCUAGCGACAGCGAGGAGGAAUAUCCCACCAAAGAGAAAAUGGAGCAGUUUGCCAAAGAACUGAAGCACAAGAGGAUUACACUUGGCUUUACUCAGGCUGAUGUUGGAUUAGCUUUGGGGAACCUCUAUGGCAAGAUGUUCAGUCAGACCACUAUCUGCAGAUUUGAAGCAUUGCAGCUGAGCUUCAAAAACAUGUGCAAGCUGAAGCCGAUACUUCAGCGCUGGCUGAAUGACGCCGAGAACAACGGCAACCUGCACGAGAUUUGUAACGUGGAACAAGUUCUUGACCAGUCAAGAAAACGUAAGCGGAGAACCAGCAUUGAGAAUGGAGUGAAGAAAAACCUGGAGACCUACUUCAUGAAGUGUCCCAAGCCUACCAGUGAUGAAAUCUCCCAGAUCGCAGAAGACCUCCGAUUAGAUAAAGAGGUGAUCAGAGUUUGGUUUUGUAACAGAAGACAGAAGGGAAAGAGGAUGACCCUCCCUUGUAUGGAAGAGAAUGAUGUAGAGGUUCAUGAAGGAAGCCCGAUUCGCCUGCCCCCUGGUACUCUGAUGCCUGAUCCCACUGUAACCCAGGGAUACGGUGCAGCACUGGUACCCCCUCCUUUGUAUAUGUCUCCCUUUCCCCAGCCUCUGCACCCUGCUGUCUCCAUGGCCAAUCACAACAGUUAA